UGAACCUGCCGUGGCAGCGAUGGGACGAGCUCGGAGAAAUGACAGCCUGUGCAGGAAUUUAGGCUGAACUGCAUCCCAUCACAGAGAGGACCGCGCGGCUGCCGGCUCGCUCGCCCUGUGUGUGACUAUGUGCUGGCAGUUCUCCAUAGAGAGCCGCUAUGUUGUUUUUUCAUAUUUAUUUAUUUUUAAAUGUUUAGAAUGGAUCCGGUGAAAUGGGUGCUAAAGUUGACCCGGCGGUGUCCUCUGGAUGUUACGGUGCUCGACUAGAUCUCAGUGCUUGUGGAAAUGCUACCUCUCCCUGUGGGACGGUGAAAUAAUAAUUUUUCGGCGAUAGACUUGGGGGAGAAAUAACGGGAGCCGGCGUGAAGGAGAUAAAGGAAUUACCUCUCUGACCGAGAAACUGUGAGAGCCGCUGUUCACUCUGAAUUUUCUCCAGGAUUUCGCCCUGCUGAAGACACUGGAGACUUUCCAGUGAACUGUUUUAUAGGUAGACUUCUUCUUUUUCUUCUUCUUUUUUUUUUUGCAUGUUGUUUUUGUCGGUUAAAAAUAGACCACAAUUCAUGCAGUUGCACAACAUGAACCUUUAAUCCACACAUGUUGUAUUGACGUAAAAUAUAACGUCCAGUAACGCUGAUGAAUCGUUAAUUACACUUUUUUCCCCUCUUUUUUUUUUUUUAAAUUGAGGCUGUUGCGGAUUAAAUGCACACUAGGCAGCUCUAUUCAAUCUGACCUGCCAUUUAUCGUUAAAAACUGUCCGGCUUAACAUUUUUUCAAGUAAGAUUUGUCACCAGCUGGAUGUCUAUAGAGCUUUAACCAUUAGAUGAUAGUCCGGGGAUUAGCCUCUAAUGAAAUAAAGAAUCACACAAAAGACAAUACGACACUAAGAGGUAACACUAGUAGUUUUUGUUAAUUAUUUAGCUCAUAAUUAACCUGAACCUUUUACGCGCAACUUUCCAAUGGAUGCAUGUUUGCCAGAUGGUCAAGUCUUUUUGUAAUAGAGCACAUAUAAGAGGCAAUGGCUUGUAUCUUGACAGCAUGAAAACAUCAAUGCACGGAUAAGGAACGGUAUUGCACCUGCGCUUGUUUGCUGAAGUUGGGUUUACGCACCGGAAAGCAUGCGCUCUACGAAUACAAAGACUUUCUAAGCCGGUCUUCUUCUUCUUCCUCUUCUUUUCUGAAAGUAGUUUUGGAUCAAAGAUGCAUGGCUUUUUUAUGAGACAGUCCUCUGUACAUAAACACUUUUCAUUCUGACCUCUGGACGUUGUUGUGGAUUGUGUUGCUGUUUAAUGCAAUGGGCUGUAUCCAGAGUAUCAGGUGUAAGCCCAAGAGUUUCCGAGACAGUAUCAUCGUCCUGGAGGUGAACACUUGCAUCGAUAACAACCCCACCAGCAUCGACGAAUCAAACAGCGUGGUCCUGCGCUACCGGACACCGCACUUCCGAGCUCAUGCCCAGGUCCUGGUGCCGCCAGUGGCCGGGCAAGAGACAUGGACCAUCGGCUGGAUUCAAGCGUGUAAUCACAUGGAGUUCUACAAUACUUAUGGAAACAAAGGGAUGUCGAGUUGGGAGCUCCCCGACCUGCGUGACGGCAAGAUCCAAGCCAUCAGUGACUCGGAUGGCGUCAACUACCCAUGGUACGGCAACACCACGGAGACCUGCACUGUCGUAGGCCCCACCAAGAAGGACAGCAAGUUCACCGUCAGUAUGAACGACAAUUUCUACCCCAGCGUGACCUGGGGCGUGCCGGUCAGUGACAGCAAUGUGCCUCAGCUUAGCAGCAUCCACCGCGACCAGAGCUUUACGACCUGGCUGGUGGCGAUCAACCAGGCCACCUCAGAGACGCUCGUCCUGCAGACAAUCCGCUGGAGGAUGCGGCUUCACAUCAAAGUGGACCCAGAAAAGCCUCUGGGUCACAGGGCCAUUCUGAACGAGCCCGUGGCCCAGGAACAGCCCCAAAUCCUGGGCAAGAAUGAGCCCAUCCCUGCUAACGCCAUGGUCAAGCCCAAUGCCAAUGACGCCCAGGUGCUGAUGUGGCGGCCAAAGAAUGGUGACCCCGUGGUGGUCAUCCCACCCAAAUACUGACCUGUUUCACUGACCAGACUGGCCUUGGAUACUUUAACAGUAUCAUCUCUUAUUUGUUCUCUUUCUUCCGUUCCUGCUCUUCACCAGCUCUCACUGCUUUAACCUUUCUUUGACAUACGUUUUCUUCCGUUUUUGCCUCCUUACUCUCCUCUCUUACAUUUUAAAACUACUCAGAGAGAAAAACAGACAGAGACAAAUGAAACCAGCUCUC